AUGGGACAUCACUCCUGCUGCAACAAACAGAAAGUGAAGAGGGGGUUAUGGUCCCCAGAAGAAGAUGAAAAACUCAUAAACUACAUUACAACAUAUGGCCAUGGCUGCUGGAGCUCAGUUCCUAAACUUGCAGGCCUACAGAGAUGUGGAAAGAGCUGCAGACUGAGAUGGAUAAAUUAUUUGAGACCUGACUUAAAACGUGGGAGCUUCUCUCCCCAAGAGGCUGCUCUCAUCAUUGAACUCCAUAGCAUUCUAGGCAACAGAUGGGCUCAGAUAGCCAAGCACCUACCAGGAAGAACAGAUAAUGAAGUGAAGAACUUUUGGAACUCAAGCAUAAAAAAGAAGCUCAUCCCUCAUGAAGUUAUUCCUGCCUUGGCCUCCUUUUCUCAUGAUAUUCACAACCCUAGUGGUAAUUCUGAGGAAAGUUUCUUCACCCUCACCACAAACCCUAAUUUGGGUCCUCAACAAGACCAGCUAUUCCUUCCCAUUCCAAAUCCAAUGCCUCAAGGUUUCAAUUUUCAUGGUGAUCAUAAUAACAUCAAUCUCAUCAAGUUAGACCAGACCAAUUACGGUUCCAAUUUCGUUCAUCAUUUUCCUUCUCCCUUCCAAUUGCCAUCAAAUUCUUCCUCAUAUGAGUCCUCAUGGUCUUUAGGCUAUCAACCCCAUCAUCAAUUUGAUCCCAAUCAACAUCUUCAAAAUUUCAGCAUUGAUGAAGCAGCUGCACAUUAUAAUAUUGGUAAUGAACUUAUGGUUCCAAUUAGUAUGGCAUCAUCAGCACCAGCAGUAUAUGAAAACCUUUCAAUUCUACCCACACUGCCUAAAUUGUGUGAGAUCCUUGAUGGUAAUGUUUGUAGGAUGCCAUGUUACCCAUCUGAUCCACAAGACCUUGACUCACUUGCCAAAUUAUCAUGUUUUCCAUCUACUCAUGGAGCUUAUCCUCAAGAUCUUCAGUUUCUAUCCAGUCAAUUGGAGUGCAUUGAUGCCAUACUUCCAUUGCCAUCAUCUUCCUCAUCAUCAUCCCCGUUAUCGGUAUCUUCAUCCUUGUCACCUUUAUCGAGCACCCAAUUCAUCGCAAACCCUAAUGUUUUGGAAGCCUAG